UGCUUUGCAUAUAAACAACAUACCUGAACGCUGCUGCUCUUGAACGCCUCCUUCACUGGACGCAAUGACGUAAACAAACACAUGGCGGUGAGUCUGAAGAUGAAGAUCGCCGUGGUGGGAGCCACUGGGCAGACUGGGCAGUAUCUGGUCAACCAGGCGCUGCAGCAGGGUCACAUGGUCACCGCCAUCGUCAGGAACCCGGGAAAACUCGCCGUGCAUCAUGGUAAUCUCAAGGUGGUGGAAGCUGAUAUUUUCUCUGCAGACACUCUGAAGACUCACUUUAAAGGACAGGAUGUGAUCAUAUCCUGCCUCGGCUUCCCGGCCUCCUUCUUCUCGGCGGUGACGGGCUACACCCUGUCCAUGAACAGUGUGAUCAGCGCCAUGCGAGAGGUCCGGGUCAACAGGAUCAUCACCAUGACCUCCUGGUACACUGAUCCCACCUCUGGAGCACAGUCAUCUUGUCUCAUCCGGUUCCUCUUGUUGCCGAUGAUCCGAAGUGUUCUCGCCAACAUGAACGAGAUGGAGCAGUCUCUGCAGAAGACCAAGGACAUCAACUGGACUGUGGUUCGCCCGCCUGGUCUAAAGAACCAGCCGGCCACAGCUCAAGAGUUUCUGACCCACGAGGGAUACUUUGUGCCCGACAGCAGCGGUAACCCCGUAGGCAGCGCCGUGGCAAGAGGGGACGUGGCUCGCUUCAUGCUCUCUCUACUCAACAGCAACGCCUGGGUCAAGAAGGGAGUCGCCAUGACUACCAAAUGAGAAAGAAGAAGCCAAUGUUGGUUCACCCAAAGUACAAAAUAAUAUAUUUACUCUCCAAUCUCUGGUGGUAUCUAGCCGUUUUUCUUAAAUUCUCCAAGUGUGAGAUAUCAGCUUCCGCUCAAAUGCAACACAAAAGUCCACAACUUAACUGUUUUUAUUCACUGCUUACCAGAAACAAUACUCCAAAUAAAUGCUUCACUCUGGAUAAUCCCGCAUACCUCAGCGUAAACAGUUUUCACUGAAACUACAAGAAGAACCAGUGAAUUAUGCAGACUAAGUAAAACUGUCUUCAUGGUUAGAUACCACUAGAGAUGUUCUUUUCUAAUUGGGUUGAACUGGCCCUUUAACAAAAUAUGUUGUCUACUUUCUGCCUUCAUAGUCUAUCACUGCACUGGUUCCCAACCUGGGGAUCCCGACUACCACCAGGGGUCGCCAAAGUUUCACGGGGGGUUGAGAGGCCUUCUUGAUUUUAAGGGGUAUAAGACAAAUUUAAAAACAAAUAUACAGUUGGCCUAUAUCUCAGCAUUUCAUUAAUUUCUGUGAAGAAAACUAAAUUAAUUGGAUUAUUAAUUAAGAUAUACACAGGAUAACACUGAACACAAGCUAUAUUCACAGAGCCUUCUCUCUCUGCUACACAGCCUCAUCCUGCAUUAGAAAAGUUUGCAGUUAAAACAACCAAAGAGCUAAUAGAACAAUGGUCAGGGGGAAGAAAACACCGAAUUGGUCAAAAAGGAAGCCUAUUAAGUAUGAAAGAGUGUUAAAUAUAAAACAAAAUAAUACACAAUACAGGGAAUUGUAUUAAAAGUCCCUAAAAAUAGCAUGAAAACUCAUCUCUGUGUCAAUAUUCACAGGUAAUAAUCUGCACCUAAAUUGCUCAUUUUACACAAACUUCUUGCACAUAUUGCGUUCACUAUUCGGGUUAAUUGUACAGUUUCUCAGUUAUUCUGUACUGUUAUUGUUAUGCAUUGAAUAUAAUAUGAAAUGUCAUUUAGUCAGGGGUCAUUAGUUUACUCAAUGAUAGAAAAGGGGUCCCCUCAGGAAAAAGGUUGGGAACCACUGUACUACUGGAUAUAACAGUAUUACUGCCUUAACUAGCCUAAACUGUCUGAUGAAUGUCUUUUUAUUUACUCUUGUUAAACACAUUCUUUGUUUUUGUAUGUUUGAAAACCUCCAUCGAUAAGUUUACCAUUCCACUGUGUUGGUGUUUCUACCAUCAGUGGUAACCACUUAUGACUCCAUGAGGGUUCAGAGCACUUACACGUGUGAUUGAAGUCAAUGAUUUCAGCCACAUGAGGACAGCGUUGCACCAACAACACGUCCAUGAUGCUCUUUACUUACAGCUACUGUUGCACUAUGUAUUCACAUGAGUACUUUAUAUCCAAAUAUGUGCUGUAUCAGUUCUGUUAAAUAAACGUACAAUAAUGAAACUGAA